AUGAAGUUUAUUUCUGUCUUCGCAUUUGUUUUCUCUGCUGUCAGCGUUUCCUUCGCUGGCGCUGACGACAGCACCAGUGCCGUUGUCGACCUCACCGAGCAAACAAUUCACAAAUUUAUCAACGAACAUGACGCUGUUCUUGUAAAAUUCUAUGCCCCCUGGUGUAUGCACUGCCAAUCUUUGGCACCCGAGUACGAGAAGGCUGCAAAGCAGUUGAAAGAGGAGGGAUCUGAGGUAAUAUUGGCUGAACUUAACUGUGAUGCUGCCCCUGCUGUUGCACAGGAGUUUGGUAUUGAAGGUUACCCUACCCUCAAGUUCUUCCGUAAGGGAAGUGCCAGGGAGUACAGUGGUACCCGCCAGGCUGAAGGCAUCGUAAGCUGGUGCAAGUCUGUGAUGCUCCCAGCUGUUGUCCACAUCCUUAGCGCCGACGAUAUCGACAGUGACGCAGAUGUUGCUUUUGUGGCCACUGGUUACGACUCAUCGGAUGAAAUUAUGAAGGAGUACGAGAACUUGGCUGAUGUUCACCGCAGCGAUGCCAAGUUUUACUUGCUUCCCACCGGUGACAGGGCUGUAUAUGUUCUGCACAAGGGCCACGACCGCUUCUACUUCAGUGGCACAAGUGCCUCAGAGCUCACUGAAUUCAUUCAACAGGAGAGCCUCCCCCUGUUUGCCGAAAUUGGUCACUCCAACUAUGUACGCUACUUCAGCUCUGGCAAGGCCAUUUCGUGGUUCUGCUCAACUCAAGCUGACUACGAGAAGUUCCGCUCAACUUUCGCAACCGUUGCACGUGCUCUGCGCUCCAGCGUACUCUUCGCCUGGCUUGAUGUCAACAAGUUCACUGCCGCAAAGGAGGCUUUCGCGAUUGAAUCUUACCCCGCCGUUGCUCACCAGACUCCCACAGGUCGUUACAUUUUGCUUCCCGAAGUCUACCCUUUCGACGAUUCUGAUGCCGUGAUUCGUUUCUACUCUGACGUAGAGGCUGGCAAGGUACCUCGCAGCAUCAAGAGUGAGGAUGAGCCUGCUUCCAACGAUGGCCCAGUUGUUACACUUGUAGGCAAGACAUUGCCUAGCUUUGUGCAGAAUGCUUCCAAACCCAUCUUGUUGAUGAUCCACUCCCCAUUCUGUGAACACUGCAAGAAGUUCAUGCCUGUAUUUGUCUCAUUCGGUGAGUCCAUGGCCGCCGACGGCCGCGUGAUCGUCGCUCUGUUUAACGGAGAUGGCAACGAGUCUGCAUUGGAGCACGUCCAGUGGACUGCGUACCCGACAGUGCUAUUGCUCAAGCCUGGUAGCACUGAUGUGAUUGCCUAUGACGGCAAACGUACCCUGGAGGAUCUGACUACCUUUGUAGAGAAACAUGUCGCAGACGAGCGCCACGCUGAGUUGUAG